UUUCCUUCCGCCCCAUUUUUUUUUGCUGCAGAUUUCCAUGGUUAUGGAUAAAGGUACCUUGGAAAACCUAAUUCCUUCUCAAUACAUCUAUUUUGAUUUCCCAAAUCCUCAUCACUCAAGAGAAUCUACUACCAUUAGUUCUACCUACGGCAAUUUCUUAAGAAUCACCGUACUUGAUUCCCCUAUUAUUCAAACCUCAGAUCAUCCAAUCCAAAUCGCAGCGAUGUUAGUCCCAAUAGAUCGAGAGGAUGACUGGAUCUUCUCUACAAAAUCUGGAAAUUUCCAACUUCUAUCAAAUUUACAGCAAAUUUCUAGGUUAAUCCUUGUAGGGAAUCUCCCUACCGGUGAUUUGCCCGUAAACUAUAGCCGUCGUCCGAUACUUGACGGUGAUGGAGAGUACCUGGCGGAAUUUGAGGAAGCCUUGCUCCCUCUCCUCAUUGCAGUAUCGCCUAAAUCGUAUUUGAAAGGUUUGGGUGAAAAUUUUGAGAUUCCAUUUGCAAUGUAUGAAGAUAAUUUGAUUUGUAGUGUAUUAGUUGAGAGAUGUAUUGGUUCCUGUGUAGGAGAAAUGAUAGUGGAAGAUGUUGAAAUAGAAAAUUAUGUGGAUGGUAAAUUAGAUUUGGGUAGAAGAGAGUUUAGGAGGAGAUUAAGGUUUAAAAAAAUGCCGAAUUUAGUUCAGACGGAAAUACGUAUUGUUCCGAAUGGAGUAGAAGUUGAUUCUGUUAAUCUUAGGAUUGGUGAAAUGAAGUUUGAGCCUGAUACUGGUUGUUUGGUGCAUCCGUACCUUGCACCAAUGGUGGCAAGUUUAUCUCUUAUUGCUCGAAAUUUAGAUAAUAAGUAUGUUUGUUCGGGUUCGAAGCUGCCUAAGGUGCUCUGUGUUGGGAUUGGUGGAGGAGCGUUGCUUACAUUUUUGAGAACCCAAUUCGGGUUUCAAGUAUUUGGGGUGGAGAAUGAUGAGAUGGUUGUGAAUGUUGCAAAACGAUAUUUUGGUUUGGUGGAAAGCGAAUUUCUUCGAGUCCUGGUGGGAGAUGGUAUCAAUGUCAUAAGGAGUGUUGCCAGGAGAGGAGUUCAAGCAGGGUUUGUGGCAUCUAUUACCAAUGCGGAUUUAGAGAAUGAUCAGCAUUCGACUACUUAUAUUGAGGAUGAGUCCAAGUUUGACAUUAUAAUGGUGGAUUUAGAUUCUAAUGAUGCUAUGAAUGGUCCAGGUGCUCCACCAUUAGAUUUUGUUCAAAGCUCGAUACUUUUGGAUGCUAAAAUGGCUCUAAACUCGCUUGGAAUUCUUGUGCUUAAUGUAAUUCCCUUGAGUAAGUCUUUCUACGAGGUAUUGAUUUGUGAACUGAGGAAAAUUUUCUCGCAGUUGUAUGAAAUAAAUGUGGGAAAUGAGGAAAAUUAUGUUAUCAUUGCUACUGUUUCACCUGUCAGCUUUGUCCACGAUGAGAUUGAGACUUCUAUUCAGGAGAAGUUGAAGAUGGCCAAUUUGGGGUACUAUAUCGAAUGCAUAAGGAAGAUAUGAAAGUUUUAAUGAGUAGCUGUUUGAUUUUUAUAAUCUCAAGAAAACGCAUGGGUAGCUUGAACUAGCUGUUGCAAUGGAGGCUCUCAAGCCUCUCAAUAUGGUGUUUAUGAUUUAAAUCAACUUGGAUUACAGUUGCCCGAAGGUGUAAACCAACAAUCACAGUGCUUUGGCUGAUGAAUUAGCAAAAUCAAAUACGCCUUGUGCUGGUGGAGCUUCUUCAUUAACUGUUGCCCGAAGGUGUAAACCAACAAUCACAGUGCUUUGGCUGAUGAAUUAGCAAAAUCAAAUACGCCUUGUGCUGGUGGAGCUUCUUCAUUAACUGAGCUAAUAGUUAUCAGUGGAAGAAGUCGGUAAAAGGACGGUCGUUGUGCUCAACAUGUACGUGGUUCAAUAGUUAGUUUAGAAUUCAUAAACAAAGCUAGUCAUGGUUGGCUUCCAAAUGCAUCAUUGGUCAUUUAUCUGGACCUGAAACACAGAAUGCCCCUUAGAGUGUAUGAGUUUGUAGGGCUAGUGUUCAUGGAGUGGACAUUAUGGGUCCUGCCAGAUGUUCAACUACAAACGAGGAGUUCCAAAACGUAUUAGAACCACUGACAAGCAGUUCAUAGGCGAGGAACCUGUGGUCCUGCUAAGUGAUCAGCUGAAGAAAUCAAGAGACGGAAUGAUCUGAUGUCAUGCCAUGAGGGAGAAACUACAGAUGGAGAAGGACAAAUUUGCGUGCGUGAAUCGUAUUUUAACCGUGAAAGCAGAUAUGUCUCAUGUUUCCUUAAGAGCUGCUUCAGUUGCUGAUUCUUGGAUACAUGAAGUUGCAUCAUCAGUUUGAUCAAAUAAAUCUGUUUGAGAUUAUAUUAGAAGAGGCUUCAGAAGAACCAGGGAUGCCAUUGACGCUAGAUAUUUAGAAUACCAGCAGGCAUGGUCUCGAGUUCAAAGUCCAGAAUCUUAACUUGAUGAACAUGGCUUGGAGAUUCGUGUUAAGGAAGCAAACAAAGCUGAAGUUGUAUUGUAUCUCUAUUCUCUACUAGGAGUAGCUACAGCAGAAGCUAAGUGCGCCUAGGCAAGCGCCCGGGGCGCCUUUUACAACAUAGAGCUGACCUCAGAAAAGUUCAAAUUUUCAAGAAGGUUGGUUUUGUCUUUCUUCUUUUUUCGCCACUAUAAUGAUGUGAUACUCGCAAAAAUAAAUCCUACUGUACAUUGUGAAACUAUAUAUAUAUAUAUAUAUUUGUAUGUUUGAUAGAUGAUAUGCAAUUCUGCUUUUUAUAAGUCCAAAAUGCAGACGCUUUAGCUGCAGAUGUGGAAACAAUGGAAUUAGAGAGAUUACGGUUCCAAAGUAGAGACACACAUAUUAGGUUCGCAAAUACCUUCUAUAUCUAUUGGAGGAUCAACAUUGAAACUUGAUGAAAAUUAAAAAAGCAAUUGAGUAUGGUAGAUUUGGUAGAAAUAUCAAUAGACCAAAUCACCCCAUGUAAUGCCGGUUGUUGUUGCUGGUUGUCAGAAAACCAAUCUUAUAGGUUCUCACUUUAUGUCUCUUUGAGACUGUGCCAUGGUAAAACCUUAGUUUAUUCAAUCACAGGGGUCUCUCAAGCACAAUAUCUGUAUAGCUUGAUAUUUGGAAAAGUAUGCAUUUUCACAUUUGUUUCUUGAAAUCAUACUGUAUGAUGGAUGGUUGACAUCUUGUCAUGGGCAAGAAGAUAAAAUAUGGGCAAGAUAUCUCUCUUGUUGGUAUUACAGAUUUGUAAUAACAGGGAUCAUUUGUUACAAUUAAGUUUUUUUCCCUCCAUCAGCUUCUAGAUCAACAUAGAAGAUGAUCAAUACAGGGCUCUCACUUAACGGAAUUCUUUUUUCUUUUCACCAAUUCUUCUUUUUGUAUUGUCUAGUUUCUAGAUUACAUUGUUUUGUUUGCGUAGUUAUUAUUUCUUUCAAUUCUGCAUCUCUCCUUUAUAUUUGUCAUGUAUUCACUUUUCUCUGAAAUCCUUUCCUUUGUCAAUUUUUUGUUUUUCUUUAUUCCUUAACAACCAGGCAAUCCCUUCUGUUGGCCAGUUUUGGCUAUGGCUUCUUUAAGUUUAAUAUAAUUUCUGUUUUCAAAAGCAAAUGAACCGUGUACAUUCAAGUGAAUAUCAGAAUCCAUAUAACAAUAUUAAGUCUGUUUCAGAAGGGAUAUGAGGUGAUGUGUGGGUGAAAUCCAUUUAGCAAUAUCAGCUUGGUGUCUGGUCAGAAUAUCUAUUGUCAUAAGUCUAAUGUUUGUGUUUAUGCUAACGUCCAUAAAAGAAUUGUUAGACAUUAUGCAAAAGGUCUGCACGUGCAGCUUCUUCUACAGCCUGGUAAGUACCUGGGAUUGUCACAUUUUUCUGGCCAGAUGUAGCUUUCCUAGCCAAAAUAGCUUGGCGCAUCAUUAUGCAGCCUAAUUCUGUUGUAGUUACUUUAUCCUCUGCUAAAUAUGCAGAUUCAGGUAACUUAUGAGAUUCUACUUUCCCUGAACAAUCUUCUUGUGUUGGAAAAGUAUUAUCGGAGGUCGUGAAAUCCUUAAAGCUGGUUAGGUGGUGUGUGGCUGAGCAUAUUAAUGUCGUGGAUCAAGCUUGGGUUACUCUGAAUCCUACUAAGAUAUCUAAGAUAUUUGAGGAGAAGAGAUUUAGAUAUCUAAGAUAUUUGCCCUUUAUGUGCUCAUCAUUCUGAAGCAUUCAUUGAGUGCUCUGUGGUCUUCAGAUUGUGGACCAAAAUUACUACACUGGGAGCUGCCUUCAUCAACUGUUACGCAGUUUCUUUUGAAGUUAGUGGAAAACUUGGCUGUCUAGAUACCAGUUGGUUAUCAAUCGGAUCCUUUUCAAUUUCUGACUUGGUUAUGCAUCAACCUAUAUUCAUAAGGCCUCUGAAUAUGCUGCUGUCAAUAGCUCAUCCCUACCCAGCCUUGGUCUUUCCCAGUUUCCCUUCAGCAGGUUAUACUAAACACAUGUAAAUCUUGUAAU